AUGGCGUUGCCUUACCUGGUGCAGGCCAUGAAGAAACUUCAGGCUGGCGUUAGCAUGAUCCCAGAGAAGAUCUUCUGGGCCAUCCUUGGUUUCCUGGUGUGUUUCUUCGGCGGCAUUUUCCCGGCCACCAUCGCCGCCGCCGAGGAUGCCACCAAAGAAGACGAGAAGGAGGAAGACAAAGACUCGAAAGCCGUAUCUCUGACGUUGGGCGCCAAGCUGAGCCGUCCAGUCCGCGGCGAGCCGCAGCAAGUCAUCCAAAAGAAGAUGAGCAUCGCUUUAAGCGUCAUGGACCCCGAGAAGGUGAUCGGAGCCAAAGUUUAUGAGCCGGUCCGGAAGCUGGAGCCGGCGAUUGAGUCGGUGAUCCCGGAGGACUAUCAAAAGUGGGUGCCUGUGGUGACGCGUUGGACCUGCAAAGCCCUGGCCAUCUCUCUGGCUUGGUGGAUCCAGCGGAUCAUCUCGGCGGUGCACAGCGCGAUCCGCGGCGGCAUGAUCUUUGGAGCCUACUUGGUGCGGCGGCUCUACCGGGGGGGCGGUAAGCAAGGCUUGAGCCAGGCCUUGCAGGUCGACUUCUUACGAGAGAAGGGAUUCUUGGUGGUCGAUCAUCGAGAGACUUACAUCGAUGAGGCCGUCGAAGCCAAGUCGCGACGCGGAUGGACGGGUCGCGUUUCCAUCCGGGAUGCCCUCUGCUCCGACCGUGUUAUUUUUUCUUGA